CGAUUGUAUAUACUUUAUAUAAAGAUUUGUUAGUAUUAAGUGGAUAUUACCGUGGACCAGCUCAAAAAUAUAAUGGAGGGAAAUGUCGGUACCUUGAAGGUUUAAAGGUAAAGUUAUGUGAGGAUAUUAAAAUACAUCAUGCGUCUGGACUUGCUUACCUUGCAUGUGGAGACGAACAGAGUCGCAAAGCUAUAUCGUGGCCACCACCAAUUGAUAAAAAUAUUCCUUUAAGGGGAGCUUUUUACGUUUACAACAUCAAGACAGAUAAAUUAACACCUCUUAUUCUCAAAAAUUUUGCUGAUGAAGAAGACUUUUCGCUUCAUGGUUUUGGAAUUUAUGAAAGUCCUACAGAACCUAAUAAUCUUUAUUUCUUUAUUAUAAAUCACAAACGCACCGGAAGUGUGGUUGAGUUAUUCAAGCACAAAAUAGAUACAUUUGAAUUAAAUUAUUUAAAAACAUUUAAACAUAAUUUAAUUUAUAAUCCUAAUAACGUUGUUCCAGUGUCAAAAGAUGAGUUUUAUGUAACAAAUGAUCUUUACACUCAAUCAUAUUGGAAAAUACAAUUUGAAACUUUGACAUUUCGUAGGUGGAGUAAUGUUGUCUUUCACUCUUCAAAAACCAAUACAACAGAAAUAGUUGUUGAUGGAUUAAUUUUUGCAAAUGGGAUUAAUGUAAAUUGGGACUAUUCACGUGUCUUUGUUGGAACUAGCGGUACAGGGGAACUUUUAAUAUAUGAAAGAAAAUCUGAUAAUAAAUUGAAGCUGUUAGAUACCAUUAAAGUUGAACAUUUAAUUGAUAACGUUAAUGUGGAUCCUGUUACAGGAGAAAUUUAUCUUGCAGAAAUGAUCUUGCUCGCAAAUGGUGUAACAAACGAAUCUAAAAAACCUUCAUUCGGUGUAAUUAAAAUUAGCAACAAUACUAAAGAAGAUAAAUUUUAUGGGAUCAAAUAUGCAAAAGAAAAAAUAUUUGAGGAUGAUGGUACUUUAUUUCACGCAAUUUCUGUGGCGGCUGGUGAUAGUAGUAGGAAAGUGAUGUUUUUUGGAUCUCCCUUUGCUGAAGGGGUUGUCAGAUGUGAAUUGGACUAA